AUGAUGUCUGGCAACGAGGAAGCCGAGCAGAAAGAGCUUAUGGAGAUGUUUAUGGGCCACAAGGUGACAGGUGCCCACCCUGCGCGGGUUUGGGACUGCGAGAAUCGGCCACUGAGUUCCGUGAGCACAUCAGCGGGAGCUACUCCCAGCCUGGAUGAGCAAUGUGGGGUCGGCUGCAGCACUGCCGACCUGUUUGCAGAAGCGAGUCAUCUCAAGAUGGUUCAGCCCCGCCCCUUCUUCUGCCGCUCCAACACCAACACUUCAGGAACCAUCGGAGCGUUUCAAGACUCUGCCACCGUUGCAGGCCCAUCAGACCCAGGUGCGGAAGAUUUUUAUUGGUGGCAUCCCUCAAUGGAUGACAACGGACGAUUUGGCCGUGCCUUGGUCAUUAGAAGGGCCUUCUUUUCGUCCUUUGGUGCAGUUAGCAAGGCCUGGUUGCAACGUCAGCGGGCGGACAACGGGUCUGGACAUGGACAUUCCAGCAUUCCUGUUCAUCGUGGCUUCGGAUUUGUCGUAUUCCAGGAUCCAAGCACAGUGGAUGAAUUGCUGGGCAGCGAUCCCUCGGCCUCGCGUUUUAUGGAAUUGCAGGAUGGCAAACGUAUUGAAGUCAAACGUGCAAAGACCAGCACUGAUAUGACACAUGAAAAGCAGACGUACACGGCUGAUACGUCCUUCAAGGCUGCGGGACCCAGCACGAUGGAGACGAAGGGUCAGAAAGGACAAGUGCAGUCGCAGUGGCAGACGUGCACCCCGCAGCAUCAAAAUCAAAAUGUAUCAAAUGGAAACAAUGCAGUUCGUGCAGAGACGAAUGGCCUGGCUUCGUUCUGGUCGCCCAACCCAUGGAGCUGCAACACAGCCGUGCCACAGCCCAUGCUGAUGCCAUGGUUUGGGGAUGUCAAGGGUGGAGAAAAGAUGGUGAACUCCAAACCAUGCCAGCUGGAGCCUUUGCACGAGCAACAAAUGUGA